GUGGGAAAUUAACUAAAAUGGGCAAUGUUUUCGAAAGACCUUGUCCAGGCACCUCAUCAAAGAACGAUGGUCAGAACACAGGAACAACGACAGAAAAGCAAAGUGGGAUUGAAAGCAGAACUUCAAUGGAAUGUGAAGCCGCUGAAGAGGAACGGGAACAAUGUCAGUCCCGAGAAAGAGGAAUAGGAGACGUGGUUCACGCCCCUGGAACUGAAUCAAGUGAUGAAAUCCAUCAUGACCGAGAUUCAUCAAACAAGGAAUCAUCGAGUCCCAUCCAAGCAGCAGAGCAGCAGAAUAUGGUAACACCUAUCCACACCACUGCUGAAGUUGGAAACAGGACUGCGGCUCCAGUGACCUCAACAACAAGGAUGGACACAGAUCUAACGCCUACAUACUCUGAGCUCCUGACACAGUGGAGCGAGUACCAAUUGUUCCAGCUGACAAAAUUCUAUCGGGAGAGACUGAAACAGGCGAUUGAAGAAAGGGUUGAAAGCCUCGGCUUCAUGAUGAGACAGCAGGGAUGUUUCAGUGAACAAGAACACGGGGUAAGUGGAAGGAACACGGUGACUUAUGUUUCCUGUCACAGAACUGACGGUAUUGGGGGGAAGAGCUAA